CUCUCUCUCUCUCUCUCUCUCUCUCUCUCUCUCUCUCUCUGAUACACACAAACGCGCGCACAAGGCGCGUGCACAUAUAACAAACAUGCCGAUUUCUGUGCGGCUGUUCUCCGCUCUUCUGCUCGUCAUGGGCGCCUCUCCAUUUUUAUUGUCACCAGAAGAGGCUACCCAGUUCCUGUCAAGGCGGAGACGGGCUUAUCAAGUUUUUGAAGAAACGAAACAGGGCCAUUUGGAAAGAGAAUGCGUGGAGGAGCAGUGCAGUCGCGAGGAAGCCAGAGAGGUGUUUGAAAAUGACCCCGAGACAGAUUAUUUUUAUCCAAGGUACACAGAAUGCAUUCGAAAGUUUGGUUCACCUCAGGAUAAGAAUCCAGCACUUACAACAUGUAUACACAAUAUUCCUGACCAGUGCUCUCCAUCUCCAUGCCAUUCACCUGGCACUGCAAGAUGUGAAGACAAAAAAGGAGAUUUCAAAUGUCACUGCUUUAAAGGCUGGAAUGGAACCAUAUGUGAUAAAGAUGUUAAUGAGUGUGAAAAUGAAAAUGGAGGCUGCAACCAGCUCUGUUUGAAUAAAAUGGGGAGUUACAGAUGCUCUUGCUUUUCUGGAUAUACUCUUGCUGAAAGACAUUGGUGUACAGAUAUUGAUGAAUGCAAGGAAACUCCAGACAUCUGUGGCUCAGCUUCUUGCCAAAAUCGUGUUGGUUCUUUUAAUUGUCUGUGUCCUGAAGGUUAUGUUUAUGACAAUUUCACAAAAACAUGUCUUGAUGUCAAUGAAUGUGAGUCCAAAGUGUGUGAAGAUACUUGUCUGAAUAUUCCAGGAAGACAUCAGUGCUAUUGUGAUGGGAGAAAAGGAGUUAAACUCUCUUCAGACUUGAGUAGCUGUGAGGUUAUACAACCCUGCCAAUUUCUGUCUACAAACAAAAAUGUGAAAACACUGUAUCUAGGAAGAAUGUUUAGUGGAGUUCCUGUGGUUCGCUUGCGAUUUAGAAGAAAAGAAUACACUGGGUUCACAGCAGAAUUUGAUUUAAGAACAUUUGAUCCAGAGGGAGUCAUCUUCUUUGCUGGCGGACAUCUGAACAGUUCUUGGAUAGUGCUUGCUGUUCGCAAUGGAAGAUUGGAGCUACAGCUGAAAUAUGAUCAAAUUAGUCGAGUCACUAGCAGUGGACCUGUGAUAAAUGAUGGUAAAUGGCAUAAGAUAUCCAUGGAGGAGAAAUCUAGAAGUCUAAUUAUUAAAAUAGACAAAGAGGCUAUAAUGAAGAUAACUGUUGCUGGGAAUCUGUUUACUCUGAAAAAAGGCCUGCAUGAACUUAAUUUGACUGUUGGAGGAGUACCUUUUAAGGGAGAUCAACUUGUUAAUCGGUUAAAUCCCAGGUUUGAUGCUUGCAUGCAAGACUGGAAAUGGCUAACUGGAGAGGAUUCAUCUAUUCAAGAAACAGUGAAACUGAAUGAUAAAAUGCAGUGCUUCUCUUCUGAAGGUUGGGGAUCCUACUUUCCAGGGAAAGGAUUUGCUUUAUUUAAUUUCACCUAUUAUGAGAGUGAUGGCAGAGAAUGGGUUGUAAAGGCUGAACUGAACAUCCGGCCAUCUCAGAACACCGGUGUACUGUUGGCAUUAGUCAGUGGUGACAAGGUACCCUUGUCAGUGGCUCUUACCGAUUACAUUCCCGAAUCAAAACUCAGAGAGCAGCAUGUAGUUUUGUCCAUGAACAAUACGAUUGUUUUGAACACUGCAGUUCAAGUGUGUGAUUCUCGAAAUCACUCUAUUAAAGCCAUUUUGAAGAAAGACCUAGUUUUCUUGGAGGUAGAUGGCAUUCAGAGGCGUGGUGACCCAAACUCAACAUGGCCUUUAACUGAAGCUCUUUUCAAAGGAGACAUCAAAACCUACUUAGGAGGAAUACCAGCUGUUCCAGUUAUUUCCACACCUGUCUCAGCCUUCUACAGUGGCUGUAUGGAAUUGCGCAUCAAUAAUAAACUUGUGGAUCUGGAUGACUCCAUCUCUAAGCACAAUGACAUCCGGUCACACUCCUGCCCAGCCCUAUCAGGAUUGUAGUUACACAUUAACUUGUCUAAGUGGAAUGUCUUUAAGCUCUUGUGCCAUGCUCAAACUUUAGAACCAAAGUAGCCCUUGUUCUUCUGUCCAAACGAAUUACAAAUUAUUUGUUGCUAGACGUCAACAUUUCCUUUACAUCACUGUUGUGCUAUCAUCAAUUCAUUAUUUUGUAUGAGCUACUGAGAUUUAAUUAAUUUUUGAAACUAUACUGCUUUGCACAGAAGGUUUGUGAUUCUGUAAAAUAACUGUAUAUAAUUUUUAAUGAUAUAAUUUUGUUCCCUAGCAUGUAACUCUUACUCGAUCCAAAUUAUAAAUAUUUAGUUUUAGCAUAAAUGUCAUUGUAAUUUCUAUAGAGAUUAAAUAAUUUUACCCUGUACUGUUAAUUUAAUGAAUGAAUCAGGACACAAUGCAUAUUUACUUUUGAGCAACUGCUUGAUUAUGUUGACAUUUUAUAAUAAAUGAUUUGUUUUUAUUCUUGAA